CGUACUACUACCAAUAUGUACAAGUUUGUGUUGUGCGCUCUGCUGGCGGUGGCGGUGGCCGACCCCGAACCAGGUGCAUUGUUCGCUCCCUACCCGGCGCCGCUCGCCUACUCGUCCUCCUGGCUGGCUCCAUCCACCACCACCAUCACCAAGUCCGCCAGCAGCGUGGUGCACCCCUCCCCAUACUUGUACUCGUCGCCGAUCUACUCCCACUUCAUUAAGAAGCGCUCCGCUCCCCUGUUCCCCGGCUACUACGCGCCCUCCCCCUACUUGGCGGGCUCUCCGCUGGUCACCCCUGCGCUGACUACGCCGAUCGUGAACGCUCCCUACUGGCCAGCGCCAGCUUUAACCUACUCGGCGCCCGCUCACUUCAUCAAGAAGAGGGAUGUCAGCCUGCUGCCUUCCACGUACAUCGCGCCCACGACUUACACCGCCACUGCGCCCGUGUUGACAUCGCACUACGCCGCUGCCCCCAUCCUGCCCUCCACCCCGCUGUACACCUCGCCCUACGGUCUCGGCUACUCGCACUUCAUCAAGAAGCGGUCCGCCAGCCUGCCCGUGCUGCCGACCACCUACUACGCCCCCAACACGUACUCCGCCCCCCUGCUGACCUCCAGCUACAGCUACGGAGCUGCUCCCAUCGUGUCGUCUGCUUCCUACGCCUACGCCGCUUCCCCCUACGCCUACACCAGCUACAUCAAGAAGUAAAUGGCCUCUACAAUAAUCGUACAGCAGAAGAACAACGUGUUAACCACUUGUAUUGUCUAUUCAAUCUCAAGUAAUUGCAAUACCAAGUGAUUGACUUCGAUUUCUUUGCAUGUAGGUACGCCAUGUUAACCCAGAAUCUCACAAUUAACCCACAGCUGUUCCAUGUCCAAUAUUUGUUAUUCAUUCUAUCCCAUAUCCAACAGUGAUG